GGGCUGGGUCCUGUGACAGCGGAGGCUUUGAACGUGACUAACCGGGAAGAAAAGCAGCGGUGUUUUCCGGAAGACGUGAGAGCAGAAAUUAACGUAAAGGAGGGAACAGCCGACAAAGCGAGGCUUCUUCCUGUCAUUCAUAAGAAAGAACUCGGGAAGCAUCCCCCAGGCGCUCUGUUGUUUGAUAGAGAGGGGACGGAAGGCGCGGCCGGCGCCCCCGACUCGGGUAGCAGCUGUGGUAGCGCCCAGGCUGCGCCGGCCCCGACCGCUCACUGCCCUUCCUCUCAGCGCCGGCUCUCUCCGCUCCUCCCUCCGGGCCAGGUGUCCGCGGCUGCCGGGGCUUCCAGGGUUUCCGACUGCGCUGCUUGAACACCCGUUCCGCCCCUGGGGCAUCUCUGUCACCGGCGGGUCAGCACCGUCUCCUCGAACGAGUCGCGAUCUCAGUAUCGCCCUGCGAGGUCUGAAGAUCCGCAGGGAAGCAGUGGGCACGGAACGCACGGGUUCGGGUCUCACAAACGCUCCAAAGCGCUUCCCAGCUCCUCUUGUGGCCGCAUAAAGUCGAAUACUCGGGGGUGUAAACAGGCAGUAACAGGGAUUCUGAGAAAUGGACGAGAGCAGUUUUCAAGCUUAUGAAGAUGAAAUCCAGGCACUGGAAGAGGAAAUUAGGCUGUUGACAGAACAGUAUGAAGAUAUCCAACAAGAAGAAUCCACCUUCUUUUCUAAUGAGGAGAUACUGGAGUCAAUGAAAUCAUUCCAAGACGAAACUGAGGGACAUGAAUCUCUGUCAGACCUGAAAGCUCAGCUUGAAAGUCUAGAAAGAGAACUCUCAUUUUUAACGGCAGUUACUGGGUUUCAUUUCACAAGUCAUUCCAAGAAAACAGUGGAAAAAACUAAAAAUGGGACGGUGAAGAAGCACAGAUUAUCAGGGAAGUGUUACUCCCUGUCUUUUCAACUGGAAUUCCAGCUUCUUGAAACGCCGAACAGUGAGAAAGUGUCUGCUGUUGUUAGUGAUCUCAGCAUUAUAAUGGAUUCCAGAGAAGAUUCAAAUGUGAGCAAGUUUGUGUCAAGCACUGAAGAACGUGGAGAUCUUCCAACAUUUUUCAGAGGCAUUUCAACCUAUGCUAAGUGGCAUGAACAUCGUAGAUGCACCUUCCUGCAUUUCAAGGCCAAGUAUCCUGACAUCGUGACCCUUCCGGAAGGACUGCUGGGAGAUUUUAUAAUUCUAAGGAGCCCUAAAGUUUCUGGGUUUGAAUUGAUGAUUGUCUGGAAGAUCCAUCUUGAUGAAGAAGGGACCACUACGCCUGUCCUGGACCUGCUGCCCAAAAUACCAGAGCAAGUUGUGGAGCAGAGGAUGACGACUGUGGAGAGCAUCCCUGGCUGCUUCCGCAGCCUGCUGCGGCUCUUCGGGAUCGAGGCAGCCAUCGAGAACCUGAUCCAAGUGCUGGACUCUGAAAAAUGAAUGCCAGCAUCGCUUACACCAGGUAGCAAGUUCAAAA